AUGGACGUUCCCGAACCAGAGAGCCACACUGACGGCAAACUACUCCGACCUUACGCUUGCACCUACGCCCCAUGUCAUAAAUCCUUUUCACGACGAUCUGACCUUGUUCGCCAUGUGCGGAUUCACACCAAUGAACGACCUUACAAAUGCGAGUACAAGUCUUGCGGUAAAUGUUUCAUCCAGAGGUCUGCACUGACUGUUCACAUGCGCACCCACACGGGUGAAAGACCCCAUGUGUGCGAACAGUGUGGUAGAGCUUUCAGCGACUCGAGCUCUUUGGCACGUCACCGAAGAGUACACACUGGCAAGCGACCCUAUCGGUGUCCCUAUAUAGGUUGUGACAAAACUUUUUGUCGCAAGACAACCUUGAUGAAACACCACAAAAGCCACUCAGAUGAUAGUCUUUCGUUUCACAGCGACAGCGGGUCUCCGAAAUCCACCUCUGCCGUCCAAUCAACCAGCACCUCCCCGACUUGUCUCACCUCCUUCAACCCCCAGUACGCACACUCGACCUACCUAGAACGGCUACCGCAGAACAUGUCGGCCCCCGCAUCGUCACAAAGCUUUCCACAUCUCCCUCAUCCUAGUCACUACGCGCCGCCAUGGAGUAGUACUUCAGCCACGUUUUCCUCAGCAUCAACAUCUCACAGCGAGAACAGUCUAGUCACGAGCACCUCCUAUCCACUGCAGUCCCACAGCUUCCUACCAGUCAUUGCUCCUCAGCCAACCCCCUUGAAUUGCGGCCCCUUCUUUGGACGUCAUCUGUCGCAGAGUCAACCCUUUCCCCAAACGGACCGAGCCCUUUUCAACCAGUCUGAACCUUACUCGGCCCCUUCCCAUUAUGUUCCAGACACUCAACAGCUGUACGGCCAAAUGCCCAAGGGUCGGGAAAGUGGAGGAUCAGAGCUUCAACUGUCAAAUGUGUUGGAUCACACUUCCUUCUUCGGUCCCCUUGGCAUGAAUAAUCACAUCUUAGUGGAGCCUAUGCAAGGUAGUCAAGCGGAUCUGUUAUACGAUCCUUUUCCCGAUCCACUAGCGAAUGUUAACGGAUCAAUGCCUGGAAUCGAUCUGUCCAACAAUCUGCACACGAUCGGCAAUCGGCAACAGCCGUUCAGUACGAUACAACAGCCAGCCCCACUUCACCACUUUGCUUUCGAAGAUCCGUUGGCAGCAAGCGUCGAUGACAUCAACGCCUGCUGGCAAAAGCUAAACUGGAGCCGAACCUGA